CGGAAGCGGCGGUCGCCGUGGUAACGGCGGAGAGAUUUCCGACAGAGGCGGCGGCCGGCGCGGAGGUGUGAGGUGUGGCGAGGCUCUGAGGGAGCGGGUUUACAUGAUGCCCAGCAAGUGCCGGCCCGGCAGGGGCCCUCGGGCAGCGCCCGGCCCGGUUAAUAAUUGUGGUCUUCAGCUGGUUAUCCAGACCUCAUCAAUAACAGAUAAAAGCAAACCAUUUGAAUUCAGGAUAAAUAAAGAACAGUCAUCUUUCCACAAUAGACUUCUGCAGCAUGAUCUGGAAAAAAACUAUUCAGGAAGGCAAGGAGACCAAAGAGUAUUAAGUCCAUUGGUGCGUAAUAAGCAGAUAUAUCUUCCAGUACCAUCCAGUCUGACAGAACUUUCUGGUUUGGAGUUGAAGCAGAAUACAGGUUCUUUAUCAGGAUUUGGUGAGACUUCUAUUCACACACCAACAAAAUCCAGAUCCCGACAAAGCAGCCACAGUAUUAGUUCACAUGCUUCAGAUAACACAAAUUUUGGGAGCAGUUCAUCAAUAACAUUUCCUGUAUUGCAACGUACUGCUGAAGAAAAAAUACUGAAUUCUGAUAGACUUACCCUGGAAAGGCAGAAACUGACAGUGUGCCCAGUUAUCGAUGGGGAAGAUCAUCUUCGCCUUUUGAAUUUCCAACAUAACUGUAUAACCCGAAUCCAAAAUAUUUCUAAUCUGCAGCAUCUUGUUUUCUUAGAUUUAUAUGAUAAUCAAAUAGAGGAAAUAAGUGGAGUUUCAACUCUGAGAUCCCUCAGAGUCCUUUUGUUGGGAAAGAACAGAAUAAAGAAGAUCUCAAAUCUGGAGAACCUAAAAAAUCUUGAUGUUUUAGAUCUUCAUGGAAAUCAGAUUACUAAAAUAGAAAACAUCAGUCAUUUGAGUGAACUGAGAGUGUUAAACCUUGCCAGAAACCUACUAACCAUUGUAGAAAACCUUAAUGGACUGGAUUCGCUCACAGAACUCAACCUUCGUCAUAAUCAAGUCUCUGCUAUAAAAGAUGUGGAUACUUUGCCCCAUCUCCAACGUCUCUUCCUCAGCUUCAACAAUAUAUCUAGUUUUGAGGAUAUUCUGUGCCUUGCUGAUUCCUCAUCUUUGUCAGAUAUCACCCUUGAUGGCAAUCCGAUAGCUCAGGAGACAUGGUACAAACACACUGUUCUUCAUCAUAUGAUGCAGCUCCGACAGCUAGAUAUGAAGAGAAUCACAGAAGAAGAAAGACGUAUGGCAUCUGUUGCAGCAAGGAAAGAGGAAGAAAGGAAGCGUGAAAGCCAUAAACAGACCUUGCUUAAGGAAAAGAAACGGUUAACGAUUUGUAAUAUUGCUCGUCAGUGGGAGAUACAGCAGAAUCGAAUAGCUCUUGUGGCUUCUUUAAACCAAGAUAAAGAUAACGAGCCCUGUCAGAUCAAUGGCAGUGCUGCAUAUGUAUUUCCUGAAGAAAGCAGGUCUCUUGAUACAAUAUUGAGCAGUGCAGUACAAGGCUUGUCUGUUCUUGAGUCUCAUUUAGUGGAAGUGGAAGGAGACACUCUUUGCUUGUAUGGUGCUGGAGCACUGGAGUGCCUGGAUCGAAACUGGAGUGUUCAAACAGCUGGAAUUAUUGUCACAGUCUCCUUUAUGUUCAUAGAAUUUGAUGAAAUUGUUCAAGCAUUAACAAAACUGAAGAUAAAAUUUCCUAAUUCUGUGCACCUGAAGUUUAAGGAGACAAAUCUUGUGACGCUGCAGCAAUUCAAUGCAUUAGCCCAGAUGCAUCGCAUUGAACAGUUGACAGUUGAUCCUCAGGGAAAUCCGGUUGUCAACUUUUCUUUGUGGAAAUACUAUGUUCUGUUUAGACUGAACCAUUUUAAUCUACAGAAGAUAAAUGGAGUAAAGGUUACUGGAAACGAUAUUGUAAUGGCAGAAAGGCUUUUUGGCAUUCUGGCAUACGUAGCAUCUUCUGAGCUGCCACAUUAUCGCAUGCUUUCAUUAAUUGGAGAACCUAGGAGGAAGCAAUUCCAUUAUCUGCUGGAGGGAAAGGGAAAGAAAUCUGGGAUUGGGAGUGAGGAAAGUAGUGAUAACAGAAGUGGAGGGGAAAGCACAACUCGAGCAACAUUGAAUUACAUGACAAAGGACUUUCAUAUGGAAAAGCUUGAGGAAAUCAAGGAAAGAAAAACAUUUUGCCAGACAUACGUCGAGAACUUAGUGAAGGAAGCAGCUGACAUCAAUAUGAAAAAUGAGUCUUUGCAGAAGCUCUGGCCUCAAAUGUUCAUUGAGCUUGUCAGAGAUGCAGUGAUAGAAAUACGCAAUAAAAAUUCCUACAUGAAACUCUGCUUACAGCGUAUCACUGAUCAAAAACAGUAGAGUCAAGGCUUGUUGUCUUGCAAGAUUUUGGUUUCAGUAGUCUAUGAUGUUUUACAGACUUGAAACAAUAGGAUAUAAAAUUACCAUCACUAUGGCAUACUUCACUCACCCCAUCCACGCACACACACCCCUCAAAGGGAUGCCUUUAAAUCUUAAUUUACUCUUGAUAGUUUUGAAAUAAAGGUUUACUUGGAUACUGCUUUAACAAUGCUUCCUUGGCUAAAGUGAUGACAUAGAAUAGAAGUAACUUGGUGAUUGUCAUGUUUUACUAAGUUCUUGUUUAUUUUUUUUCUGCUACCCUUGCUUCUGUAGUGCUACAGCAUUGAUUUUUAAGGAACAAAUUUACACUCUGCUUGCCUUAUUUUUUAUUGAAUGCUUUUUAAUUGUCACGUUUUUGACUGUUUGCUGCUGUUUAAAAAAAAAUCAAGAAUAGUAGCUGAUUUUUUUAUGAGCAAAAGCAAAUAAAUUAUUUUUACACCCUGAACUUGAUGAAGACUUAUUAUUAUUAUUGUUUAACUUGUGAGGUUAUAGAAUACUUUUUCACACCCAGUGCCAUCACAGUGCUCAGUAUAUCAGCAUUUAAUGAGCCUAAUUCUCAACUGAACAAAUGGCCCAAACUUGACUUCAAGUGUUUUUCAUUAAUUUAUUUUGUAUUAGUUUGUGUGAAUUAUUAUGGGUAAGAUAUGAAUUCGAGGUAUAUUCACUUAAGCUUUAUUUUUGUUCUGUUAAAACAUGUUAAUAAUACAAUUUUUUUUGUUUCUUGAUUACUGAAUUACUAAUUUUUGACGUUUGUCAAGGUCAAAUGAGCUAAAAUGCAUGCAGUAAAUUUGGUAAGGAAACUGAUGACUACUGUUCAGUUGUAAUUAAUUUCUGUGACUGUGUGAAAAUUUCAUAUUUGUUACCAAUAAAAAUAAAUUCUUCACUUUUGCCCUUCACAGGUACUGUAAAUAAGUACUGAGUGCAAAGAAAAGACUACUGCUUAAUGCCGCGUGAAGAGAUGAGACACAACUUGCCCCCCAAAAUCAGCUGUGAAUGGGUAGAAAAAAACCACAUUCCAUAGUACAAUAAAUUCCACUGUAAACACCUUACCAGCUUCUGCCCAGAAAUUGAAUUUAGGAACUGUUAGCAAGUCCAGGUGAUUCCCAUGGCUAGUGUUUAUAUGCAGGAAGAAGGUCGUGCCAUUUAAACUUAUUAUUAUAGUUCCAUUGUAUCUUAACUAAAACAAUCCAGAACCUUUGUGCAUUCUUUUACUUAAUUCAAAUUGAUCUUCUUUUACUUAAGCACAUUUAUAAAAAAGAAAUGUUCAUAACCAAAGAAAACUGCUUGCAAGGGUUUCUAUGGCUCAAAAUUAAGUUUAUUUUUAAAAUUUACCUGGACAAGACUCUCUGGCAAAGUAGAGAUGCAAAUACAUUUUUUUUUUUUUUUUAAAUUUCUAUGCCCUGAAAAUAGCCUUGAAUGAGUAGCAGGAGUCAGGUGGUCAUAGGCAUUUUGGAAUAUACAGUCUACUUGCAUUCAGGUCAAGCUGGUGCAUCUAAAUUGUCAGAAUCCAUUUUCAGAGCACAGGUUAACAAUGGCAUGCAUACUGUUAAAUGUAAUUUUCAAUUUAGUUUUUGUUUUAUGUGAUCUUCUAAAGCAUACUUGCAGGUAGUUGCUUUUCAGUCUUUACAGGAUUUAAUGGACGUUAAGUCACUUAAAUUCUAAGGAAAUGUUAAACGUCCUGAAGAAACUGCUGCAGCAGUCGGUAGACUUUAAUAGAAACAAUCACCCCUCUAGGCUUUUUGAACUGCUUCAUGGAAUUUAUAGUAAGAUUAGUGUGUUUGAUAGGAUUUUUUUUUUUCUUUCCAUUGGAAAACUGCGCUGUCAAGUUUUAUGGUGCAUUUUAUUAAGGGAACAAAUUAAGACCCCACAAAAUGUGAGAAAAGGAGAGUUUACCUUACAGAAAUAAUAUAGAAAUGAUCAUGCAAAAGUUUUUUGGAUCCAUCAGCUCCUUUACAUCAUUUCUGUGGGGGGGGGGGGGGGGAGUGGAGCAAUUCCAGCUUCUGCAUGGGGACAGAAACCUCAGCAGCUGUGUGAAAGCACAGAACUCUCCUGAUGAUGUAGCUGGAGCAGAUGGGCCCCUUUUGAAUCGGAUUCAGCAACAAUAAAAGAUGGAAAAAAAAAUGUUUUAGGAGGGGUGGAUUGGUCUAGAGGAACAGGAAGUUCUCCAUGGGAAAAUCCAGAGAAAGCCAGACUUUCUGUCACUGAGGCUUUAGAAGCAUAAUCCUGAUUAGAGGCUUUAAGGUAGGGUCUUGAAAAAAAGCAAGUGAAAUGAAUCAGAGGGUGUUGACUGUGAGUUGUAGAAACAUCUCCCUAAAAUGCUCUGUAUUCCCAGUGGUCUGUGAAUGCUGCUAGUUUGGACCUUUUUCACUAGUAGCAGCUGUUUUGUAACAGGAUUGCUAAAUGGCUGAAGCGAGGGUAGCUAGGCAGCUAUUAUAAAUGAAGAAAAGAUUGAUGUUGAGCUGCAUAUGUUUUUUUCACAUAGAACCAGUAGGAAGAAAAAAACCUUAUAUUUUUACUAAUUCUUUUUAGGAAAUACAUGAGUGAUGGACUAAAGUGAUGUUAGACCUAAGAGUAUGUAUAAUCUUAAGCAGCCAGGUGAUCUUAAAAUUAUUAGCAUGCUAUAUGUUGUUUAUGUGUUUAUCAAAAUUAUUUGUCAAGUCAUACAGACUUGUGGGAUACAUUACUGUAGCUGCUAAGGAGUUUGAGUACCUAAAAAUCUGAAGGUGGUAUAAGCAGCAAAUUCUUAGAUGUUCUGAAACUGAAGUACUAUAUAUAGAAAUUUUCUGUGGUUACAGGUAUAAAUUAAGGAGUUAAAGUAGCUAUUGAUUUUGAAGCUGGGGGCCUUUUAAUAAAACCUUCUAGGCUGAAAGCAGUUAUUUGUUUCUGCUUCAAAAGCCUUUAAAUGCUGCAUAAAACUUAAUUUUGAUAUUGUUAAUAUUUCAUUGAUAUCCCAUCCAAAAUGGACUGUUGUGGUCCCCUCACAUAGCCUGCCGUUCUGCAUAGGACAGGAGCUAUUAUUGUAAAAAUUCCAUGUGUUAACUGGAAAUCAUCUUAAGGAUUAAAAAGAUAAUGUUUUGA